AAGGAAGGCUGGGCGAUGGAGGUGGAGGAAGGGGGGCGUUGGUGGGAGGGAAGCGAGGACGGGCGAGAGCAUUCAUUACGGCGGAGUGAAAUUUUCCACCACCACUGCCACUUCCAGGACUACCGCACAAUUAUCACCAACAACAGCAGCAGCAGCAGAAGCAGCAGAAGACGAAGCAGGAGGAGGAGGAGGAGGGGGAGGAGGAGGGGGAGGAGGAUCAUCACCAUUCAUCACACAUCGUUUUCCUACCGCAGGGGGGUGACCCAAAUAAUCGUGGCCCCCUCGAUUGUCUACAACCCUCACCCUUCACCCAUACCCCCACCCUCAUCCCCCCCCGUUUCUGUUCUGUUGCACUGUCGCUGCGGCAUCCGAGGAUUGUCGAAACCAGCCAGGAUUGGAGUGGGGAAAAAAGGACCAGCUUUAGCUGCGAGGUGUUCUCAGGCAAGUCCAACAGCCUAGCUUGACAGGGAUCGGCCUGGACGCGUCUUUCAAGCACGAAGGAGAGACGGUUGUACUCAUCAAAUUUUGGAUCUACAAAGGAGCAUCCUGGAGAGUGGAUCCGCAUGUAUGUUACUGCAUAUAGGCGGCUGAAGUUCCAACUUCGCAGCUUGUAAUCUGACAUUGUAGAGAGAAUACGUCUCUGGGUGUGCUCAGACAUUUGUGCUUGUAUUGUAGGGUUUCGUCCCCUGAAGACCACGUGUGAUAAUAGAGUAAAGCGUUGGAUA